AUGUUCACAGAUGACAAGCCCAAAGACGAAGAAAUUGUCGUAAAUCUCAAAUUUGAAAUUGACGAAAGCUUCACAGACCUCAGCUCAUCACAGCUGUAUUAUUUGGGAAUGAAAUGUGAGCACAAAGCUGUCGUUGUUGCUAUUUCAUCGAAAGAUGGAGAAAACAUUUCAAUUUAUUGGAAAUCAAGGGAGCUUCAACAUUUUUUAACAUUUAAACCUUACAGCGGGAUGAUUUUUAGAGAAUAUAAGGAGCUUUAUGAUUUUAUUAUUAAAUUUUUGGUGACUUCAUUGAGAAAUGGACAUCUUGGAGUCUUCAAUCAGCUCUUCAUUCAACAUGAAAUGCAAGUCGCCGAGCUUCAUUUCCUUGCUGACUCUCGUAACUUCAAUCUUCUUCUUAUCGCAGCUGAACAAGGAAAUCCUUUGGUUAUAAAAAAUCUUCUGAAUUUUAACAUCACCACAAAUUCACCAAUUGAAGGAAUCAAUGCACAACGAUUAGCUUAUCAUCAUCGACACUAUUCUGUGCUUGCUAAUUUACUUGAGCAUAAUUUGCCAUAUCCAUUUCUAUUUGAUGUCAAUCAUUCCUCAACUGAGAUUAAGAAUUUUAUGGCAAAGUCCACUGAGCUUCAUAAAAUGAUCAUAGACAAGAAUGAAGAGAAAAUUAUUGAAAUUUUGACACAAAACUCUAAUAUUAGACAUUUCUUUAAUACCAAAAAUGAAUCAGCAGCUACAAUAGCUGUUAAAAGUAGAUCAAUAGACAUUUACAAAAUUUUACUGACUCAUAAUGUUUGGUUUGGCAUGAAUGAAGACACAGAAGGGAUUAUUGGCGAAUUAAAUGAGAAUUUGCAGGAAGAAUUGAAAAUAAUCCACAAAGAAUUCUCUAAGGACGUGCCGGAAAAGCACAUUAAUGUCUUGAUUGAAAAUUCUACAGUCGGUCCUGAUGAGACAUCCGACGAACAGCGACUAGAUCUACUAAAGUCUGCAUUUAUAACUUUAAAUGACAUUUCUUUAAUUAAAACAAUUUUAAUCAUCGUAGCAGCUUCAAGGAACUUCCAAAUAAUCUUCGAUUUUAAACGCGAUUCCAUAAAUUUGGUUGAUCCAAGCUCCGAUUUGCCUUACAAAUGUAUUCUACACUCAUCUAACAUCCUUUAUAUCAAUAUUUGGCAAAUAGUCCAACAAAACCGCAAAAAUGAAGCCUUAGCAACUAUAGCACACGAAUUUUGUCACUAUGCCUUGAACAUGAUUUAUGAUAAUCUAUCCAAGCCGUACAUAACAACUGACCAACAAACUAGAGAGAAAUUCAGAAUAAUUUCUCAGUUGUGCUACUCAAAUUGUGAGAAAGAGGCAGCUAUAAAGCAAGUUUAUCAAUAUCCUAGACAUAUGCAUCAUGCUGAACUCAUUGCUCGUGUUCCUUAUUUACUUGCUAAGUACCAUGACCAGCCAGAGAAGUUGGAGGGAAUUCAGGAACAUUUCAAGCCUCUUUUUGACAUUUAUAAACUGAAAAUUAUCAAGGAAAUGGACAGUGCAAUAAUGGAUAUUGAGCACAGUGCAACAAUUGAGAGCAAAAUGAGCAGGAAGUCGAAGAAAAAUUGGAUUAUUUUUGGAGUAAGUUUGGCAAUUUUAUUAGUUGUUGGACUAGGUUUGUUACUAGUAUUAUGUUUGUAA